CCUUUUCAUUUUAUUUUGGAUCCUGCUAAAAUUAGCCGGGACUGCUCUGGGUGUUGCGUGUUAAUUUGAUUUACUCCGGGAUUCCGGCUUUCCAAGACGCCAUUUUCCCCCCUUUCUCGCUCUAUCUCGUUCUAUUUAUCCCUCUCUAUCUAUCUUUUAUCUCUCGAGCUGCCUCUCCGUCUGUCUGUCCGUCCAUCUCCCUCUCCCCGGUGCCUUCCUCCUCCCCCCGCCCUCCUCCCUCUGCGCUCUGCGUGCGCUGCGCGGCCGGGCGCUCCCCUCAUCCCCAUCUGACAGAUGAACACCGCCAUGGGUUUGCCGCAACACAAGCAAAAGCACCUUUGGGGGCUGUGGCGAGGGAUUGAAACCGGGAUCUAAAAGAGAAGAGAAAAGAAGGGGGGAAAUCCGAGGAGGAGGAGGAGGAGGAGGAGGAGGAGGAGGAGGAGGAAGAAAGAAGAAGAAGAGGAAGCUGCUAAGAAGCCCCCGCUGCCGUUCUGGGGAUAUGGUGGCACAUUUGGUCUCUUCUGAGCAUCUUGCAGCCUCUGGGUGACCAGGAUAUUGAAUUUGGUGGACAGUUGCCAUUCGCUCCCUGGGAUCAUAUCCACCCUUGCUUCCCUCAUCCCCUUCUGUACUCCCCUUCCCUCCAACCAAACUCCAGGGCGUUGUGAUACUGCCAUGGAGCCCAGAGAGACUUUGAGCAGCUCACGGCAAAGGGGAGGUGAGGCAGACUUUCUGCCAGCUGCCGUCACCUCCACCAAGGCUUCGCCUGUCUCGGGCUGUGCAGGGGAGACGAUGCUGUCUUCGUCGGGCGCGGGGAAAGGGAUCCCAGUGAGCAGCGAGAGGCUGGAGCCUGAGGAAGAGGAUGAGCUAGGUUCUGGAAGAGACGUGGAUUCCACUUCCAAUGCGGACAGCGAGAAAUGGGUGGCGGGAGAUGGCCUGGAGGAGCAGGAGUUUUCCAUCAAGGAGGCUAACUUCACGGAGGGGAGUUUAAAACUAAAGAUCCAGACCACCAAGAGAGCGAAGAAGCCCCCAAAGAACUUGGAGAACUAUAUUUGCCCUCCCGAGAUCAAAAUCACCAUCAAGCAGUCUGGGGAACAGAAACUUUCCAGAACCGGGAAAAAUAGCAAAACAACUAAAGAGGAGGACAGAUCACACUCCAAAAAGAAGGGAAAAGUCAUUGGAGAUUCAAAACUGCUUAUGAGUUGUGGUUGCAGAAAAGGGAAAAAUUCUCAAGUGAAAGACUCAGAUCAGAGUCAGAUGAAGAAUUUGGGAAGAGAGUGUGUGUUCCCUGUGCAGAGUCCAGUGACGAAAUCUGUGAACAAGGUUUAUGACAGGCCACAAAAACAUUCUGCUCUGCACUAUGAUCCGGGCCUCCAACAAGACUUCACCAGUGACACCUUAAAAUCAAAACACCAGCAGAAAAGUAGCAACCAGCACCACAUUGACUGGUCGGCGAGCUCCGACGCUGGACCCGCUUCUCAGAGCUGCUUCAUCAACACAGAGCCCAGCAGAGAAGCAAUUAGUGCCACCAAGGUCUCUGCUCUGGAGCCAGGAGUUUCCUACAGCAAAUCCCAGGCCAAGAAGUCCUGCAGCAGCAGCAGCAGCAGCAGCAGCAGCAGCAGCAGCAGCAGCAGCAGCAGCUCGUGGGGACAGCUGUCGGUCAGUAGUAAGGAGCUGGCGAUUUGCAGCGCAGUCCCAUCACCCAGUGGCAUCAGCACGGCCACCCAGCCCAGCAGUGCCUCCGAGUGCAAUGGGCUUUUGCCUCUUGGGGAUCAAGAGGGAGCUGUGCAGCUGGAGGCCCCCGAUCAGCCCGCUGGAAGUACAAAGAAGAAGUCCAGCAAAAAGGACUUGAUGAGCCAAACCGUGCAAACCACAGAUAUGGAAUGGGUAAAGAGUGCUCAGAAAGCAUUUGACAGCAAAUCCCAUGACAGCAUGGAAGGGAAAAAGGAGUCUUACUCGAUGGACAGCAUGUUGGAUAUGUCACCCUCGAAGCAGAAUCCCGUUUCUGCCGGCACUUGUGAAAGUGACACCAAUCACGUACGAAUUACUAUCCCAAUAAAGUCUCCGACAACAGAUGCGUCUGGCCACAAAAGGAAAAAGAGGCAAUCCAUUAAAUCCUCCUUAGAGAAAACUAUCCAGGAGAAAAGCUUGCCUUCCGUGCUUGCUUUGAGCAGUGAAAUGGCAAACAGGACCAGCUCUCAACCAGAGGGGAGUAAAAAAGAUCUUCGAGCCACAAAGCCAGGGAAAGUGAUGGAAAAUGAGUCCCCCUUAGUAGCAAUUGACAGUGGUGUGUUCACAGACAAAGCGUCCCCCAACAGUGCUGCCCGACCCAGAAAACCUGUACCCGUGACAUCCACUCUCCUUCCCACCAAUCUUUCCACAGCUGGCAAGUUGCCUGACAUCCAGCACCCCAAACAUGCAGCUAAGCGUCGGUGGACCUGCAGCAAACCUAAAUCUAUUCUUCGGGAGACCUCCCUGACGACGUCUGAGAAGCUGAUGGUGGAGCCUCCUUCAGCCUAUCCCAUCACACCAUCCAGCCCUUUGUACACUAAUACAGACAGUCUUACUGUGAUCACACCUGUCAAGAAAAAAAGAGGACGACCAAAGAAACAGCCUUUGCUCACUGUUGAAACCAUUCACGAGGGGACCUCCACCAGCCCAGUGAGCCCUAUCAAUCGUGAAUUUCCAGGAACAAAGAAAAGGAAGAGGAGAAGGAAUCUGGCCAAGUUUGCCCAGAUGGUUCCAGGAGAGGACAAGUCCAUCAGUGAACUCAAAUUUCACAAAAAGGUCGGGAAACUUGGGGUCUUGGAUAAGAAGACCAUCAAGACCAUUAAUAAGAUGAAAACCCUCAAGAGGAAGAACAUUCUCAAUCAGAUCUUGUCCUCCUGCUCCAGCAGCAUAGCUCUGAAAGCAAAAGUCCAGCCACCAUCUAGUGCUGGGCCGACCACCAUUGAUGCCAGGCUAGGGAAGCAGAUCAAUGUCAGCAAGAGGGGGACUAUAUACAUUGGUAAAAAACGGGGCAGAAAGCCAAGGGCAGAGCUGCAGCCUCAGCCAGAAGAACCUAAGACAGCCAUCAAGCACUCAAGGCCUGUUUCCAGCCAGCCAGAAAACCCAGCAGUGCCUUCCAACCUGCAGUCACUUGUGGCAUCGUCACCAGCAGCUAUUCAUCCGCUUUCAACGCAAUUAGUGGGGAUCAACGGCAACCUCAGCCCUGCAAGCACUGAAACUAAUUUUUCAGAGUUAAAAACUAUGCCAAAUCUUCAACCUAUCAGUGCUCUUCCUACAAAAACCCAGAAAGGAAUGCACAGUGGAACUUGGAAGCUGUCUCCACCCAGGCUAAUGGCUAAUUCACCUUCUCACCUCUGUGAAAUAGGUUCUCUGAAAGAAGUCACGCUGUCGCCAGUGAGCGAGUCUCACAGUGAGGAAACCAUACCGAGCGACAGUGGGAUAGGUACAGACAACAACAGUACCUCUGACCAAGCCGAGAAAAGCUCAGAAUCCCGCCGGAGAUACUCCUUUGAUUUCUGCACCCUGGACAAUCCAGAGGCUAUCCCAUCUGACACCAGCACAAAGAACAGGCAUGGUCACCGGCAGAAGCAUCUCAUUGUGGAUAACUUUCUCUCUCACGAAAGUAUUAAAAAGCCAAAGCACAAGAGGAAAAGGAAAAGCCUGCAGAACAGAGAUGACCUCCAGUUUCUGGCAGACCUUGAGGAACUCAUCAAUAAGUUUCAAGUGUUUAGGAUUUCCCAUAGAAGUUAUACAUUUUAUCAUGAAAAUCCAUAUCCCAGCAUCUUCAGGAUUAAUUUUGAUCACUACUACCCUGUGCCAUAUAUCCAGUACGACCCAUUGCUCUAUCUUCGCAGGACCUCUGAUAUGAAGUCUAAGAAGAAGCGUGGUAGACCUGCCAAAACCAAUGACACCAUGACAAAGGUGCCUUUUUUACAAGGGUUCGGUUACCCUAUUCCCAGUGGGAGUUACUAUGCACCCUAUGGAAUGCCUUACACAUCAAUGCCUAUGAUGAAUCUUGGUUACUACGGUCAGUAUCCAGCUCCUUUGUACCUGUCUCACACGCUUGGAGCGGCUUCCCCAUUUAUGAGACCUACCGUGCCCCCUCCCCAAUUCCAUGCAAGCUCUCAUAUGAAGAUGUCCACCACUGCCAAACACAAAGCAAAACACGGAGUGCACCUACAAACCCCUGUGGGAAUGGGCCUUGGAGACAUUCAGUCCUCUUUGGCUCCUCCGAAGGUUGGAGGAACAAGCCUUUCAAGUGGCCGACUUCACAAAAGGAAACACAAACACAAGCACAAGCAUAAGGACGAGCGGAUAUUGGGGACUCACGAAGAUCUGAGCGGUCUCUUUGCUAGCAAGUCCACCGGCUUCUCCAGCCACGCCAUCAACGAGAGGCUGAGUGGCUCAGACAAAGACCUGUCCUUGCUCAACGAGAAGAGCAAGCAUAAGGAGAAGCAGAAGCACCAGCAUUGUGAAACCGGGCACAAAGGCUCAAAGAGUAACUUUGAAGUGGAUACGCUGUCUACUCUGUCACUUUCUGAUGCCCAGCAGUGGUCACAGAGUAAAGAUAAAAGUGACUCAAGCGGUGAUCCCAUUGACUCUUGCACAAAGAGAUACUCUGGUAAUACUGAGAGUAAUGGAAGGUCAGAGUCCCUGGACAUGUUUGGUGAAAUAAAUUCCUCAAGUGAGAAGCGGGACAAUGAUGCAAGUGGGAAUAAAAGAAGAAGCUUUGAAGGCUUUGGAACUUACAGGGAAAAGGACAUUCAGCCCUUCAAGACAAAUAGGAAGGACAGAAGUACUUUUGAUUCUUCAGCCUCUUCAGGAAUUGCAGGUCCCCACUUAAAAGCAGACCAGACUUCACUUCAUGGUAAAAUGGAAAGUUCUGCCUGUAAUGUGAUGACCAGAAGGAAACCAGCAGCUGUUGACAGUGUUGCAAUGCCAAGUCCAGUAUUAUCUCUCCUACCUUCAUCAUCAGCAACAUCUGAAGCAGCCAGCUCACCACUGAAGAAAAGGUUCAAGCGCCGUGAAAUUGAAGCAAUCCAGUGCGAGGUGCGCAAGAUGUGCAACUACACCAAGAUCCUGUCCACAAAGAAGAACCUGGACCACGUGAACAAGAUCCUGAAAGCCAAGCGGCUGCAGAGACAAUCAAAGACAGGCAAUAACUUCGUGAAGAAGAGGAGGGGGCGUCCUCGGAAACAACCCCUUUCCUUUGACGAAGACUCCAGAGACCAAAUGCCCGUUCUGGAAAAAUGCGUUGACCUUCCGAGCAAAAGAGGUCAGAGACCAACACUCAACCCGUUAAUACUGGAGCAAGCAGCCACUCAAGAUACAAUCAUGGCCACCAUCGAGGCUGUCAUACACAUGGCUCGAGAGACGCCACCGCUGCCACCUCCUCUGCCUCCUCCACCCCCUCCACUCCCUCUCCCUCUACCCCGGGCACCCCGGGUUGGAAAAAGGAAAAACAAGUCCCCGCAGGAGGAAGAGGAGGACGUGAAAGUGAAGCGGCACCGGAAAGGCAGAGGGAGUGAAAGUGAAGGCCUUCCCUAAGGCCAGUGCACCUCGUCAGAUGUUGGGUGCCCACAGCGGAGCACGCCAGGACUGGGGGACAGGAGGUGCACAGUCCGCCUCACCCCUUUGGCAGCACCAGACUGACCUGUCCCUUCAGCAGCCAGAACUCAUUGCAGAGAGCUGUGCCAGCUGGGGCGCGCAUCUUUCCUCUUCAUCGCUUUGACCCAAGCCCCCCCCCAAGGAAAGAGGGGGGAAAGGCGCGGGAAAAGUGGGGGAUACAGGGGAGGAGGAUGUGUGUCAAAGUUGGAAAAAGCAUGAACUCUGCCGAGUUUCCAAAACUAAUCUGAAUCUCAGCAUUGCUGUUCUCAUACCGUACCCAGAGGCUGGAAGUCAUCCUCGCAGACAGCUACACGUUGUCACUAAGGGUGCAUGCUCGACUCUGAUUCUGUUUGGUGGGCCAGGUGAAACUAAGAGUAACUUUACCAUAGUACAAAUCACUGUAAAAAAGGAAAAAAAAAAAGAAACAAAAAAAAAAAAGAAACAAAGAAACGAAGAAAGAAACAAAGAAAGAAACAAAGAAGAAAAAAACCCAACAAAAAAUAAUGUAAUUUUCUCAACUGUGAUAUUGGUAAUAACCGAUUUUUUUUUUUUUUUCCAGUUUUAUAUACCUACCAGGCUUUGGGACAGCAUAAGCCAAAAGGCCUGGCUCCUGCUAGAACUAUAUAUUUCUUUCUCAUUUACUUGCCUAGUUACAACUAGCUGCAAUAUAGGCAAUAGAAAAUUAGAGCCUUACACGCGUGCACACUCAUUCGGAGUGCUAUCCCAAGAAACGAUGGAAUAUCACAGCAUUUAAAAUAAGGUAUACAUGGAUAUUCGGUUACAAUAGCACGUUUAUAUGAAGCAACUUGGCAAUGGCAUGUGAAAAAGGGGUCAUCCAUCAGCCAAGUUGUUUUGAUGCUCGGUACAUAUGAGUAGAGAACAGCAAGACACUUCUGGGGAAUAGUUAUAGUAAACAUGGAAAAAAAAAUCACCAAAAAAAAGAAUAUAAAAAAGAUAAAAGAAAAAAAAGAGGACAGAAAAAAAAAAAAAAAAUAGAAUAAAAACCAGAACCCAAAUCUACCAAGUUUUUGCCAUCUGCAAUUCCCAGUGAAAUUAACGGGAAAACCAGAAUAUUAAUAAUUUGCUUUGGGUAGUAAUGCCUUGAUAUUAUCUUUUAAAGAAAAUAGAUAAAGUAGUUUUAAAAAACUAUAGAACAAACCCUAUGGAUAAUAGAUCCUUUCUUGGCAAUUAUUUCUGAAAAAAAAAAAAAAGAAAAGGAAUAAGUGUUCUUAUCUGAAAAUAGAAAUAAAAAUGUUCAAAGGGUAUCACCACUGCAAUUGUAUUAAUGCCACUUUGGACAUGUUCUCCAAGUUGUGGUUGCCUUAAUAAACUAAAAAAUAAUUUUUUUUUUUUUUUUGUACAUAAUGUAAUUAUAAAGCUCUCAGUCUGCAUGGAUGCAAACUGUGUGUGACAAAUCGUCUCUUUAAAUGGUCAGUUCAAAUUGUACAUUUCUCAUUCGAGUUGUCCGUUAACCAUUGAUUAAACUUGGGUAAAAUACCCAAGCUCCAUAUCCACAGCCCAAUUAAAAUGUUUCGCUAAAACAAAGACUGAAAAAAAAGCUGUUCCAUUGCAGUGUCAAUGCUUUUAAAAAAAGAAAGUAAAUUGUUGAAAUUUGAAAUAGGUACUUUCAACUUUAUUUCCUUUCUUUUUAAAUCCUGCGGUGCACUCAACACCUAGCAUGGCAAGAUGGAUAUUAAAAUGGGAACAGGGAGGGAAGAUUCCACCAAGGGAGGGGGGAUUGGAAUUACUUAAUGGUUGACAAGCCAAAUGCUAUUCCCUUUUUCAAGAAAUCUUGAAUUGGUUUAUUGCCAAGGAAGCUUCAUAUAGCACGACACUAAAAAAAAAAAAAAAAAAAAAAAAAAGAAAAAAAGAAGAAGAA